CCGGGGUGUCACCGCUGUGUGUUCCGCCAUCGGUUCAGAACGCAUCAGAGACAUACGAGAAACGCUCAUCAGGAAACUGUGAUGCGGAUGGACAGAUCGACGAUGGAGGCGGUCCUGGGCAGAUUUUGGAUCGAGGCAGCGACUCUCAGUGGCAAGGGAACCGGGUGCGAUAUCAGUGACUGUAGGCUGCUGUUGUAAGUGCAUUCAAAAUACGAAACAGCACAAGAGAGUCGCAGGGUAUCCAGCACAAGUUCUCGAGCCAGCUGACUCAUUCGCAGUUACGGCUUUCACGGACUUGAUUGGUUCACUGGGAGAUGCAGGUUGACACUGUGACAGAGAUGGCGGUGGCGAGGGGGGGGGAAGCGGUCAGCUGAUGUACAUGACUGGACAAGUGUUUCAUUUGGGCGGGGUUUGUGCGCGCCUACGGGCUUGCGCCUUUCCAAUUCUGGAGGACGCAACCAAGCAUGCGCUCUGGAUCGGCUCCCCUGUCUGGCGUCGAUAUCGGUGGCUCUCGCGAAUGGGGUCUGCCUGCUUGGGUCUGUCUCCAUCUCCGUUUGCGCUCCUGGGUUUUGCCGUCCACGAUGAGGCUAUCGGCCGCUUCUGCUCUGAUUCUCCCGUUGGCUGCUUGUUUGAUGACAGCCAGCGGACAGGCUUUUCCCUCUGGAAUAUCCGUCCCUAUUCGACGUGGCUAUCCUGGGUCGGAAACCCCUCCUUCGCUUCUGGAGCUGCAUGUUGCUGCCAGCCGAGCCGCCCAAGGCAGGUGGUCAAACAACGGGACAACUGCGCCAAGCUUUGUGGCGACCAACGAUUCGUCGUCGGCACCCUUGGAAAAUCUAUCCAACUUGGGUUAUUUCGCCACUGUCAGCAUCGGAACACCGGCCCAGCAGUUCACUGUUGACCUCGAUACUGGAUCCAACCGCCUGUGGGUCCGCGGCUCCAGCUGUCAAGCCUGUAUCAUCGUCCGAUCAAGCCCGCCGUACAUUCCGCAGCUGAGCUCAACCGCUCAGCUCACGACAGUCAUCGAGCCCCUGUCGUACGGGCUCGGGAGUGCCAGUGGAUACUUGGGAUAUGAAACCGUUGAAUUCUUGGGGUAUACAUCGACAAAGCAAAUCUUCAACGACGUCGCCCAAAUCGACCAGGUGUUCCAGCAGCAGAUCCGGAAUGGAAUGGAUGGAAUCUUGGGCCUUGCCUUCAAUGAAGAGGCGACUAACCCAACCCUUGCCUCCCAGGAAACAGUGAUCCAGGGUCUCAUGCGCAACGGGGCGAUUCAAAACCCCAUGUUUGCCUUUUGGCUCGAUGCAGUAUCACCGAACAGUGUCCAGGUCUCGGGCGGCGAGUUCACCUUGGGAGGGUACAACCCCGAGCGAUUUCAGGGCAGCAUCACCUGGCUCCCCGUCGACCUCAUUCCCGGUGUUCCAUAUCGCUACCACUGGGCCCAUCGUCUGACGGCCGUCAAGAUCGGCUCCAGAACCAUCAACACCAACACUUUUGGCAUUCUCGAUACCGGAACAUCGAUUAUGCUUGUCGACCAAGCCAGCUUCACCAACAUCAUUGUGCCUGGGCUUGGAAUCAACAUCUAUCCGAGGUCCAUCCAAGGACAAACCCUAUUCCUGGUCAACUGCCGCGAUGUCAAGCCUUCGCUCCCAGACAUUGUCAUUUACCUCCAGGACAAGCCCUUCCCGGUUUCUCACCAGCAGUACAUCAAAUACGAUCCUACAGCCGGCUUAUGUUUCUUGGCCAUACAGCCCGCUCAAACGAUUCCUGGUUGGAUUCUCGGCGAUGUUUUCCUUCGCGAGUACUACGCCAUCUUUGACCAAGGACAGGGGCGCUCUGGUCUUGCCAAGAUCGCAGGGAAUAGUCUGCCCCUCCAACCACCCAGCCUCCCUUCGCCCGUCGUUCAGCCUGGAGGCACGACGAGCAAUCCCAUUAGAUCGCAAGCAUCUUCGAUACUGCCUCAGGCUGGGAUCGCCUUGGCUGCCGUGUCUGCCAUCGUCUGCUUGGCGGUGAUAAGCUUGAUUUGAGUCGGUGUCUUGCGGUGAGAUGGCACCGAAGACAUCUCGAUGAUGCUGGCAAAUACUUGGCCGCAUCCGAUUCACUCCCCCCCUCAGCCAACAUCCAAACAAAGCCGCACAUCGUGGGCCUCAUUCACCGACCCAGUAGGGUUGAAAUCACUCUCUCCUCAUUGAUCUUCUCCAACUCAAUCCCUGAACCGUUGUAAACGAAACUGUCGUUUGAUUCUAUGAGACUCGCACAAAUCAAUCGUGCUGUUCUACACCGCC